AUGACAGAGUCCUUGUUGGCGCCAUUCCAUAUCCUCAGCUAUGGCACGCUUCUUGGUGCGCAGGCUUAUCAGACCUUCGUGGGCGGUAUCAUCGCAUACAGGACACUCCCCCGCCCUCAAUUCUCCACACUCCAGGCCUCAAUAAUUCCCGUUUACUUCUCUAUACAAGCGGCACUACCGGUGGUUGUUGCUUUAACUUACCCGGGAACAAAGACGUUUGUGGGACGUGGCCCAUCUAGCCUAUCUGGAGUGUUUGCUGAGGACCAGCGGACAACAACUUUACUUCCACUUGUUACAAUGUUCGUAGCCGGCCUGACAAACAGGUUCAUCUUAGGACCAAUGACUACUAAGGUCAUGCGCCAGAGGAGACAUCAAGAGACGAUCGAUGGGAAGAAGAGCUACGACCCCGCCCCUCACUCCAAGGAGAUGCUGCGUCUAAACAAAUCUUUUGCUAGGGUUCAUGGGAUCUGCUCAUUGGUUAGCCUUUUGAGUCUUAGCUCAGCAGUCUACUAUGGAGUGGUCCUUGCGAAUCGUCUGGAAUAA